AUGUCCCGCUUCCGGACCAUCCAUAUUUUGAACCUCAGCCAUGGGAAUCCCGUCACGGACGUUGCUUUACCUGGGAGUUACACUCCGUAUUUUUUCAAGGGCGGCGCUGGUCCUCGAUAUACUUUCGCGGGGAUGGUGGUCAGUCCAUUGAUCACCACGGCAGAGUCUGACGGUGUGUUUGCCGUGGGUUCAAUCGAAGGUUCUUCUACCAUCAGCAAAACCCGCUGGCAAAAGGCGUGA